GGGGAACGCUUGCCAGUCAAUUUUAGUCUCGAGACGUGGUGGGUAUUGAGAUUGAUUCAACAGACUUGGACUGACUAAGACGACUGACUUAUAUGAAUAUGAAUCGGGUUGUUAAUGUCAUGUGACGAAAAAAAAAACAUAACAGUGAAGAAAUUUAAUACUAAAUAUUGAAGAGCUAAUAAAAUAAUAGUUUAGUAAUUGUUCAAUAAAUUCAACUUUGAGAGAGAGAGAGAGAGGGGAAAAAAUGUAUUGUUUGAGUAAAAAGAAAAUACCUUGAUAAUAAAAUCAAUGUAUUAAAGAAAAUAUAUCUAUAAAAAAACAUGUCAGAAACAUGGAUAUUUAUUGGUAUGAGUGCGUUCUUCAUAAGAGCGUGCAGAUAUCUAGCUAACGGUUAAUAAUUCGAUAUUUGGGACUGACGAAGAAUUGAAAGGGUGAAAACGAGUCUUCUAAUUUGUAUAUCUAUAAAAGUUGAAGGCGUUUAGUGAGAGAAAGAGAGAGAGAAGAAAGACUGACAAUUAUUGAAGUGAAAAAUAUAACAGCCGGGCUGUAUAUCUUAAAUAAAUUAAUCAAUUGAUUAAUUGGAGCAAUUCUUAACUACUAGAAGAGAGUGGUGGACUCUGCCGCAAGGGUUAGAGCCAGGAAAUGGGACGUGAGCCGUGUUCAAAAAAACGACAUCCCCUUUUCAACAUCAGGAAUGAAACUUCUAGCUUUUCUACCUCCUUCACAAUGUUCUCUACUCGUAUUCCUACUGCUGGUGACAUUGAAAGUCUCCAUCCUUGCAAAAAUAGCCUCGGCCAAUUUGGAUGCAAGUCGAACAGCCGGCAAUCUUGGCGAAGGACCCAUUGUGUGUGCCUAUGUCGGUUGCCAAUGCGACAAUUGGACAUUUUAUUGCAAAGGAAGAAAUUUUCUAGGCUUAGGACUACCAGCACGUGCAAGAGAUGUUGUGUUGAUCAAUGUAGGAGCAGCUACUUUGCCAGUAGCUGCCUUGGAAGUAUCAACAAAUCUCCGGAAACUCAGCUGGACAUCAAGUGGAAUAGAAAGAUUGGAACCAGGUGUAUUUACAGCAACUCCGCAUUUAGAAUAUCUAGAUUUAGGUGACAACAGGCUCAUCUCUUUGCCAGAAAAUGUUUUGGCACCACUUCGUCAUCUAAAGUUCUUAAAUUUUACUGGAAAUCUAUUGACAAAUCUCUCACGUGCUACUUUCAAAGACCUGGAAUCUUUAGAAACACUUUUGAUUGCUCGUAACAAUAUAACUGUGCUUCCGUAUCAAGCUUUUGUAAUGUCUAAAUAUCUCAGCAAUCUUGAUAUUUCUAUCAAUGGUAUUAGAUCCCUACAAGACUACACAUUUAAACCAAAUCAACAACUACGGUAUCUCAACCUUUCUUUUAAUCAUCUUACUAAUUUACCUAGCCGGCCUUUUUCAGGUCUUGGUAAACUACAACAUCUAGACAUGGCCGACAACGAUAUUCGCAUUCUUCCACGUGGACUAUUUGCUGAAUUGAAUAAUCUUCAAUUCUUAAACUUGGCUGGUAAUCCUAUUUCCAAUUUAACACAUUUAUCUUUUCAAGGGCUGACUAAUUUAAUUCAACUUGAUAUUGGAAAAACGAACAUUUUACAUAUACCUCAUCAUUUCUGGCGACUGAUACCCAAUUUGAGAUCUUUAACAAUUGAUGAAACAAAGAUCGAAGUGAUAGAAAAUGAAGACCUUAUAGGUCUUGAAAAACUUGAAAAUUUAACCAUUACCAAUGGAAGGCUCAGAGAGAUCCAUUCUAAAGCAUUGGAUCAUUUAACAUAUUUACGUAAUUUGGAUCUUCGAAGAAACGAUCUAACAUUUUUACCAGCAAGUUUAGCUCAUCUAACACGUCUAACACAUCUUCAUCUCCAAGGGAAUCCUUGGGCUUGUGAUUGCAGAAUGUUCUGGUUCGUUAAAUGGGCUGAUACUAAUGUUCAUAGAACUGCAUUUGAAAGUGGUCUACGUUGUGGGCAUGAAAUAGCCACAAUAGACACUCUACAAAUUCUUCGAUACUUAAAUUGUACACCACCUUCCCUUGCUCAUACAACCCCAACGAAAUUACAUCGAUUAAAUAAUUCUGUUCUAUUGGAAUGUGAGUUUAAUGGAAAUCCAGCACCAUCUUUAACAUGGGUUACACCUUCACUGGAAAUAUUUCAUUGGAAUCCUGAUCCAGAUUUUCCCGAUGACUUUCAUAACCAUCCAGCUGAUCAUAGAAUUGAAAAUUCAAUGAAUCUUGGCAAUAAUGGCAGAAUUCGCCUACUUGAUAAUGGUUCCUUGCUCAUCACACAUUUGCUCAGACAAGAUGUUGGUCGUUACAAAUGUUUUGCCAUCAAUCCAAUAGAUAAUUAUACAACUUAUGUCAACGUCCAUAUGGAUCCAAUUACUUAUCAACAUAUUAAAAUGUUCAGCAUUGCUGUUGGAGCAGCUAGCGCUACAAUAUUUCUCUUACUGACUCUUUUUGUUCAGUUUCUUCGUUAUCUGUUUAAUCGGUGUGGCUGCUAUCGAUGGUGUUACUGUUGCAGGCGUGGUGUUACACCACGUGCAAAACAAAUCUAUCAAAUGUUGGAUAAUAUUGAACAAUAUAAAAGCCAACAGCUUGAAAGAUUACGUGAAAAUUACACUCAGCAGGUACAUAGAAUUAAAGAUAACUGCGCCCAACAAGUUGAAUGGAUACGAGACAGCUAUGAAGGGCAAAUGAGGCACAUCAGAGACAUCCGUGAUUAUGGAACAAGUCAUUUAACAUCACUUAGAGAUCAAUAUUAUGAACAGGUUAAACGCGUUCGAGAUUAUUCAACAGGACAAUUAAAUUGGGUACGAGAGAAUUAUGUCUUCCAACGGAAUAAAAUUCGCAAGUUUAGUGCCCAUCAAGUAUUACGAUUACGUGAAAGCUACAAAUAUCAGCAGCAAACAUUGAGUAAAGUUUUGGAAAAUUUGCCUAAUUUAUAUUUCGACAAUUGUCGUAGUGGUUCAUGUGGAAAAAGUGACUCGGCAGCAUUUGAUCCAAGAGAAGUUAAUCAAAUACCGGAAAUAGAUUCUUAUUUCAAAGUUAAAGUAAACGAUAUCGUAACUUGUAGCGCAAGCCUUGAGGAUCUUAAUAGUGAAUAUUAUACUCCAACAGAAUUCUCAUCAGCAAGUCCUCAUGGACUAGGUUUUGAGGGAAUUCAUAUCAAUUAUAUAGAAGACAGUCCACCGUUACCACUCGGCCCAAUAGUAACUGCCAACACAUCGAAUGCAAUCCUGCAUAAUAUUGACGAGUGUAACAGUAAUUCUACAGUAGUGAAGAGCUUCACUAUAAGUCAACCGAUUCACAGAGGUACCAGUGUUGAAUUGCUGAAUCGACAGAAUCCAGAAAAGACAAAUGAGAAUUCUAGUCUUCUAGGCCCCAGUACUAGUAUGCCUGAAUUACCUCACGAGACCAGGCUCUAACUGGCCUAAAUGUGAUAAUGAUUAUGAUAUUCUCAAUUUCUUCUUUCAUUCCUCUGUGAUGUCGGUGCAAAUCUUAUCGUUUUUUUUUGUGCUCGGAUUCAUGUGCCUUUCACUAAUCGCUUUGUAUCGGUCAAGGUGAAAGUUAUCGGUGACUCUUUUACAAUAUCUCUAAAUCCUGAGGAAAUUUUUACAAUAUCACUGGUGCUUGCACAUGACACCGUACCUGACAUAAUAUAACAAGUGAUAAUGAAUAAAGAUGUGUACAAUAAAUGAGAUAAAUUAAAUUUAAAAAAGAAGUAAUAAAUAAAAAUAUAAUUAUUCAACUAAAGAAAUUGUGAAGAUUACAUUGUGAUGGUGUUUUAGAUCAUUUCAAUUAUCAAUUAUUGUUAAAUUAUUUAUAUUAUUGACUUUGUUUAACGUAUUUGAAUCAUUACUUUUAUUCGUUUUAUUUAAUUAAAAUAUUAUAUUCAGAAGAACGUUCAUGGAAUGUAGUGCAAAACAAUAAAUCCACAACACUUGUACACGAAUUAAAAGGGAGUUGAGUGUAAGCGUGAUUUAAUAUCACUCAGGAUAUAUCUGACUGAUUGUUUUUUUUUUCUUUCAUAUCCAAUCAUGGAUUUAUAUUACUAAUAUUCUUUUUUUUAUCACGAUCCGAGCCAACAUACUCAGUCGGAAAAAAACUUUAUUUGUGGUUUUGUAUUAAAUAAUAAACCGCAUCUUCUUUUCAUCAACUCAUCUGUUAUUCUUCUAGAUUGUAAGUUGUUGAAAGCAUUAAAUAAUGUUUCUAAAUUCUCUAUAGAUGUAGUGAAAAAUAUAGCAAUAGAAUACAAAAAAAAA